CCAAAAUUGCUGCAAUAUCAAUUUUUGAAAUUCUUGAACGACAAUCACUUAUUGAUCCCACUCAAAAUGAAGGUAAAGAUCGACCGACACCCGUGACUGGUCAUUCCGAAUUUCGCGAUGUUUAUUUCAACUAUCCUGCUCGUCCAAAAGUAAAGGUUUUACGUGGUUUGAACCUUUCUAUUGAAUCGGGUAAAACAAUUGCUCUUGUUGGACCCUCUGGGUCAGGAAAAAGUACUGUUAUUUCUUUAUUAUUACGUUAUUAUGAUAUUAGAUCUGGAAAAGUUAAUCUAGAAAACGUGAAUGUCAAAAAUUGGAAUUUGGAAUAUCUUAGAAGUAACUUAUCAUUUGUUGAACAAGAGCCAAUACUAUUUGAUGUGUCUAUUAGAGAUAAUAUUGCAUAUGGAAAAGAAAUUUGCACUCAAGAAGAAAUUGAAACUGCAGCAAAAAGUGCAAAUAUUCAUGACUUUAUUAAAAACUUACCUCAAGGAUAUGACACACCCGUUGGUCAAAGAGGUACCCAAUUAAGUGGAGGGCAAAAACAG